AGUGUUAACUCUAGUGUGAUGAAUUAAAAUGCUGCUCUUUUGUUGUUAUAUUUAUUCAUAUUUGAGAUAUCCUGCACAAGGAAUGGGUGUGGUGUAUUAAUGAGGCUUGUAAAGUUGAUUAUCUUAUCAUGACAUGACCUGAUAGGACAGUGAGCUCCACGUGCAGGUCAUCAUAGCAUACCAUCCGGUUGUUUUGUUUUAGUGGGGUUUCUUUGUGUGUUUGUUUUGGUUUUUAUUUUUACGACACCAUUUUUAUGAUAUUGUCCAAAACGAGGUUAUCACACGGUAUAUAAGUUGUGCGGUCAGUGGUUUAGUGUGUCACAGAGUGUGUGUGUGUGAGUGUGUAAAAGUGUAAGAGACGAGCAGCGGGAUUUUUCAUCCUUGUUGCUCUUAUUGCGGCUUUUCGGAUCACAUUGCGACAGAAGACACAGAGAACCAUGCACGACUUUCCCAUCCUCUUUACGGCCGUGUGUUUGGCUGUUUUACUGAGUAAUGCCCCUGGGUUUAGAGCUGAGACUCACAAUGAUUUCCUCCAGGAUAUUUUUGCGGUUUACGGUCAGAACCGGUUAUUAGACAUUAACGGGAUUAACACUUUACUGGAAACUGUUUCUCAGGGAAAGCCGGCGGCGCUGGACACACUCACUGCGCAUGCGCAGUGUGGAUCUGCAGAGGUGAUACUUGCUGUCUAUGGUCUCAGCAACCUGACCCACCUGGACAAGGGCCACUUGAGGACCAUUUGCCCCGCCCUCCUAAACAGAGCACUGCUGCCCCCCUGUCCUCAAUCAGCAGCUAAGACUAAACAGCACAUAGAGGAUCAUGUAUGGGGUUAUGGUUUCCUGGCUGUUACCAUCAUCAACCUCGCCUCCCUCCUGGGUCUCAUCCUCAUCCCCUUCACCAAGAAACCCUACUUCCCUAAAGUGCUCACGUACUUCAUCGGGCUGGCCAUCGGGACGCUGUUCUCCAACGCUGUGCUGCAGCUCAUACCUGAGGCUCUGGGGUUUGACCCGAAAUUAGAUAACUACGUUCUGAACGCUAUCGGGAUCUUCGGUGGAUUUUAUCUGCUGUUUUUCACUGAGAAGGUCCUGAAGAUGGUCCUAAAGACCGACCAAGAGAAUGGCCACAGUCACUUCAGUCCUCCCGAGGUUGUUCAGCAGAACGGAGGAGCCGUCAUAGCCAUCACCAGCUUCAGCAUCUCAAACAGCGACAAGAGCAGCAUAACUUCAGAAGCUACAGUGGAACAGACGCUGCCGUCUCGGGGUUUCUGUGCGAGGCUGGCGAGCGUGAAGACACUGGCAUGGAUGAUCACGCUCAGCGACGCUCUUCACAACUUCAUCGACGGCCUGGCCAUCGGAGCCUCCUUCACCGUCUCCGUCCUCACCGGCUUCAGCACCUCCAUCGCCAUCGUGUGUGAGGAGUUCCCUCAUGAGCUCGGUGACUUUGUGAUCCUGCUGAACUCAGGGAUGAGCAUCAGACAGGCCAUAAUGUUUAACCUGAUCUCAGCCAUGUCGUGUUACGUGGGCAUGGUGCUCGGGGUCCUGGUGGGCAGCACAUUCGCACCUAAUGUCAUAUUUGCCCUCGCUGGAGGGAUGUUUCUCUACAUCGCCCUCGCUGAUAUGUUCCCUGAGAUGAAUGCCAUCGCUAAGGAGCAUCAGCAGAGCAUCAAAACAAACAUGGUGUUCUUCCUCAUCCAGAACGUUGGGCUCCUCAGCGGGUUCUCAAUCAUCUUCCUCAUCACCAUGUUCGCUGGAGAUAUUAACCUGGGCUGAGCCUUCAACUCCACAACACCGUGUGCCUAAGUCCUUAACAAAAAGAACACAAAAGCAAUACUGAUUGUAACGAUACACUAGAACUGAUCAUGAACUAACAUUUUUGUACAGCAAAUAGAUUCCUCAGCAUGAGCCUAUUUUUAAUAACCAAAAUGUGAAGUCUAAAGAUUAUUCACUUUUUUGUAUAUUGUUUUAAUCAAUAGUAAAAUCUGAACUAAACUAUUUCUGAACUAUAUCUGAAACAAUGCAUGUAAAUUUUCUUACCAGGAAUUAUGUAACAGUAAUCAAUUGAUAAGACAACACUAAUUACUUUGCUAGUAUUUAUGAAGGCCACAUAAAAGAUUGUGGUUGUAGCUGGUUUACAUAUCUGUACUUCAUAAGCUGGGCAUAGUAUCAGUAAAUCGACUAUUCCAUAAAGGAUUGAAUCCUUAUAAUACGGGUCUAUAGAUUCUACAACUGGUUCCCAAAAACAUCUUUUUUUUUUUUUUUUUUUUUAAAAACCUAAUUAAUUUAUUAAGAAAAUAAAGCACUAUUUAAAAACAGUGUGCGGUAAACUGGGAAAAAUGUCAGUAAGUACCAGCAGCCAGUCAACACCAGCAACAGAUGAGAUCUGGAUCAGUAAAUGCUAGCAGAAAAUCAGGGGAAUUUAUCAAUACCAGCAGUUGCAGCCAAUGAUGGGGAUCAGUCAAUCAUGGGGAUCAGUCAAUGCUGGCAACCACUCGAGGGGAUCAAUCAAUACCAGCAGCCAAUGAGUUGGACCAGUCAUUGUCAACAACCAAUUAGGGGUAUCAGAAAAUACCAGAGGCCAAUGAGGGGGGAUUAGUCAGUACCAGCAACCAGUGAAGGGGAUUAGUCAAUACCAGAAUCCAAUGAGGGGGAUCAGUCAAAACCAGCAGCCAUUGAGGGGGAUCAGUCAAUACCAAUAGAUAAUUUGGGGGAUCUGGCCAAUACAAUUAGCCAGUCUGGGGGACUUGACAACCAUUCAGGUUAUCAAGAUAUCAAAACCAAGAAGGGGAUUUGCCAAACAGGAGAUUGGCGCAUACUGACAGCCAAUCAGGGAAAUUGGUCAGUACCUGUAUCCAGUCAGGGAAAUGUGUAAAUACCAGCAGUCA